GUUAGCUCAUCACGAUGUCUUUUUCCUUUGCCAAACUUGACAAUCAGUCCAUGGGGCCUUCAUUUCAAAAAACGAGUCCUGUGAGUAGUAUCUUUUGCUGGGAAACUACCCAUUGCUGAUUCAUUCCACUCUGAAUGGAUCAGAACACUGAGCUUUUCAGUCGAGACUUGGUCACCAUCUCUAAGUCGGAAUAUCAGUCUUUGCUCCAAGCUUCUAAUCAUUUAAACAAGCUGAAAGAAUCUCUCUUGAAUGGUGGACUAUCUCAGGAAACCCUCAAUAUAUUGAUUUACGAUACACCACCUUGUCCACCCAGUGCCCACAAGAAUGUCAAGGGGAGAUCUGCGGCAAAUAGGGCUCCGCGCAACGAGAAUUCUGCAAGCCACAACGAACGUCUGAAUGGAAAAGGAGCCGAUGAGGAGGAGGAUGUCAUGACAGAUUCCCACAGCGAUGAGAAAGAUGAUUACGGAGAGUCUUCAGGAAGCACAGAAUCUUUUGGGCAGAAUGACCAGCGUACCGUGCUGAUUCGUGGCUUACCUGACAGAGCCACACACAAAGAUAUCGCUCAGGCCGUGAGAGGUGGGCCUCUACUGCAUAUCUAUCUUCGAGCUCGAGAACAUUCAGCGAGCGUGUCAUUUGUCGACGAGGCCCCUGCCCAGGAAUUCUUACAGCAUACAAAGGCCCAUGGUCUUUAUGUAGCUGGAAAGAGGGUAGAGGCUCUAUGGAAUGACCGUCAGUUUUACCUCCCGCCGUACGUUCGAGCCAAAAUCAACAACGGGGCUACCCGGAAUUUAGCCAUCUACAAUGUCCACCCACAUAUCACUGAGGCUGUGAUUAGAGAAGAUCUAGAACAUAUUCACAAUCUGAUUGUGAUUUCAGUGAAGUUCAAACGCGGCAAUGCUUUCAUAUCGACUAAUUCCGUGCAUAAUGCCCUGUUCGCACGAUCUUGCAUGAUGUCCCGCUUUAAAUACAAAGGAAUGAGGAUUUCUUUCUAUCCUGACGAAUGUCGAGAGCAGUUUGCUAAAAUGCCUGUUGCUCCCAAGAAGGAGCUGCCCGUAUCUUCAAGGAACCCCAUUUCAGUCCCAAACAGGUUUCAUCUUCUAUUCCUUGAUGGAGCCGAGGAUGACGAGAGUGGAGACCAUCAUGACGGAGUGAGUAUUAACAUGAAUGAUAAUAUCUGCUGGACAGACAACAGUGUAUCUGCUUGAUCCGUGAAAGGCACUACCACAGGAUCCAUUUCUUCCCUUCUUUCACCAUAUUUUUCUUUCCUUAGUACAUGUUUUCCCCCAUUUUGCACUCUGUUGAUCUGUGAAAGUGCGAUAUUUCUUGUAAUCUGUUCAUAUUUUAGCAUACACACAUCAUACACGGGCUUUGGGGAAAUUGCUAGCGAGAAGGCAGAGCUGGAUGGCUAUGUAAUAUUAAUCUUCGUAUUAACAUCAACUCUGUUGGUCAAGUGGUAUUGC